CAAUUAAUUCAUUUAAUUAGUUACUUCCUUUCUCCCACCUCUUCUUACUUGUUAUCUUUCUCCACGCACCACCCUCUAUUUCUUGAUAAUAUUAGCAAAUCAAUAAUAAUAUUAUAAUAAUAUUACUCUACUAAAAUUGCACCCUUCAACCGUCAUUAAGAGAAAACACAAGUUCCGUAAACCAUUUUUGUACCUGAAUUUCAUUUGUACCAGGUUGGUCAAAUGGUUAGCUAACUGGUCUGCUUAAGCAAGUUCGGGUUUUCAUCUCGCCUUGUAUAUGCAAAUCUCAGAAGUGCUCAAAUCCGCGGCAUAUUAGUGUUAGGCCUGCCGAAGUAGCUUUAUAAUUGUUUUCCUUAAAGAAGGUCCGGAGUUUGAGUCUUGUGAAUGAGAAGAUUAAAUUCAGUGCUGAGAUAGCUUUAUUCUGCAGUGACGUGGCACGAUGAACAUUAUGUCGACCAACCAGUGUGGUUGGCCUCUGAGAGUUCACCAUGAUCAUCACACUGAUAAAGGAGGUAUUAUUAAGGCUCCGUUUUUAGGAUCCAGAGGAUUGGACUUUGUUAAUGCUGCUCAUAAAUGUCAUCAUCAUGGUGCAAGGAAAUGUAGGCCAAUUUCUUGCAGUGCAGUGAGUGACAAUGUGGAUCCUUACGACUCAGAUGACAUUCAAAAGAACAAAUCUCAGAAGGGUGAAACUGGAGGAGUGAAUAGUGAAAUGCUUAGAGAGAGUCUUGAGAAAAUAGUUGGUACUGAUGAUUCCACGUUUAGUGGAUUUGACCUUGCUACACUCAUUAGGAAAAAAUAUGGCAGGUCUUAUGAUGUUCAGCUAAUAAAGAAGGAAUUCAUGGGAAGAAAUCUGCUUGCUUUGAAUGUCAUGUGGAAGUACAUGGAACAGAGAUCAUUUCCAUUGACCGAAGAAGAGUAUAUUUUGAGGCUUGAUGAUGUGGCCAACACAUUAAAAUGUUGGGGAGCUGUCUCACAUAUUCGGAACAGCCUACAAAAUUCUAAAGAACGGCCUCGGAUAGGGAAGGCCGUAAGCAUUUUCAUUGAUAUGGAUGAGUCUGGUGCUCGUUCAAACGAGUGGAUAUACAAAUAGAUUGCAUUGAUGAAUUGAAAUUCAUCUUAAUUCAGUCACUGAAUUCCAUCCCAUAACGUGACAAGGGAGGAACCCAUACUCAGCAGUAUCACUUUUGUUGAACUUUAUUGAAUUCAGUGAAUUGUCAUCUUAACAAAAUCUACAGCCUCUAUAAAGUUUCUGUUGGCACCAGGUCAUGGCACCUAUAAUUUUUGUUCUUCCCUUAAGUUCACAAUAUUGAUGUAAAAUGUGUUGAUAUAACGAAGCAUCCAGGUUAUAGUAAAUUUCUCUUUUAUUUGGGAAA